AUGAUGAAAAGAAGAAGAAUAAAUUAUAACAAAAAAUUAAAAAAUAAUGUUCUCAAUUCCUCCAUCACAUCUCUUCCGAAUGAGUUGCUCUCUGAAGUUGUUGCAAGGGUUGCUUCCUCUUCUUUUAUGGAUUAUAUCAAUGCCAAGCUUAGUUGUAAAAUCUUCAAUGGAGUUUCGGACGAUCGAUAUGUUUAUCGUCACAUAUCAUUAGAGGAAUUCCCAACAGGAGGAUCUUCAUGGAAGAGAGACAAUGAAGAGAGAGAAAAUAAACUUUCUUUGUUCAUGAGGACAUGUGGGGAGUGCGGGAAUGCAGAAGCCUUAUACCAAAAAGGCGUGGUUGAUUUCUUUAGGAAAGAAAGGCCAGAAUAUGCAAUGAAAUAUCUUGUCAAAGCUGCAGAGACAGGACACCUUGGAGCACAAUACAUAAUAAGUCUAAUACAAGUCAUCAUGGGAGAUGAAGAAUUAAAGCAAAAGGCCAUUGCUUCAAUUGGCACAAUGAAAGCAACCAAGCCAUUGAGGAGAGCGUUAGGAGAGUGCAGAAAAAACUUGGCUCACAUAUUGAGAAGUAUUUGGGUACUUAAUCCUAUGGUUUUAGGACAAAAUCCACCUUGUUGCUCACUUCAUUAUAAGCGCUCUUACAAGAAUAAGUGGCGUCAAUGGCCUUCUUUUGAUGAUGAAGACGAUGAUGAUGCGGAUUUUUGUUGUUAUGCUUGUAGUUGUGAUGAAGAAGUUGCACACCUCCUUAACAUUCUGCCAUAAUAGUAGUGGUAUUUUUUAUAUAAAUAUCUUUCCUUUACAUUUACCAAAUGUACGGCUCAUUGAAAUAUAUCUCUAAUUAAAGUU